AUAAAAAUGAUGUAUGAAGAAAAGCAACAUUUUGAUGUAUUUUUAGAAAAUGCAAUUGCAAUAAAUGAACAUUAUUCCCUUUUAGAUACCUUAAAAGCAAUAGGUUCAGCAAUAUCUUUAGUUAAUUUAAAAGGGAAUUUAUAUCCAUUUGGAUCAUUUUGUAAUGGAUUUCAUGGAGCAGAUAGUGAUUUAGAUUGUGUAUUUAUUACAGAUUCAUAACUUGAUGUAUAAUCUAUAUUAAGAAAAAUUCGUUAAGGUGUUAAAGAAUACAAAAAAUCAAAUUAAACACCCUUGCUAAGGUUCGAUUAAUUGAUUUUAUAUGCAAAAGUAUUAUAAAUUAUUUAAGUUAGAUUCCAUUGAUAAAGAUUUACGAUAUUACUAAUAAUGUAGCUAUAGAUUUAAGUAUCAAUAAUAUAAAUGGAGUAUUGAAUUCUAAACUUUUAAAUGAAUAUUCUCAAAUGCAUCCAAAAAUAUAAUAAUUAGGAAAAUUAUUAAAAUUAUGGGGAAAGAAUUAACGUUUAAUUGUGACCGGAUAACUUACAUCAUAUGCAAUAUUAUUAACACUAAUUCAUUUUUUACAGUGCAAAUAUGAUGUACCAUUUUUAUCAGAUGUUGAAUUAACUAGAGAUUAACUUUCAUCUUUAGAAUAUUUUAGUGUUUAACCAUUUUUUCAAUUAGGAUCUAAACCUAACUUAAAUAAACUUGAUAACACCACAUUAUAACAAUUAUUAUUUGAGUACUUUUAAUAUUAUGAACCCUAUGGUGAAUUCGAAAAAAAAAAAAUUUGUGUCUCUCUUCAUUCUUAAGAAAGAUAAAAUAAAGAUAAUUAUAAAGCGACACUAAAAAUCAUAGAUCCUAUUGAUCCCAAAAGUGAUCCAAGUAAAAAUAUUAAAAACAAAUGUCAUCGAAUAUAAUCACACUUUUUGAGGGCUAAAGAGUUGAUAGGUAAUUUUAAAAAAUAAUUUCUAUAUCAACUUUAGAAUGUUAAAAAUGUAUAAGAUUACUAAAAAAGUGCUAAUGGAAAUUAUUAAUAUCAAUUCAAUCAAAAUAGAAAUAAAAAUAGAGGAAAAAAUUGA